AUGACGUCUAAAUCAGAUAAUCCUCAUGUAAACAUUCCAAUCGAGGAGGCAAAUAAAAACGAGGAGGCAAAUAAAAACGAGGAUGCAAAUAAACGAGAGGCAAAUAAAAAAAUUUCGGAAAUUGUCUGCUCGCCUAAAAUGAAACAAGUUGCUGCACUACACGAAGAUAGCAAUUUUAGUCUUUGGUCUAUUGAUAGUCAAGGAAAACUACUAGAGAAUGAAAAAACAAUCGAUAUCGGCAAAAUUUACAAAAGAGAAAAUGGCGAGAGAAUAUUUGCAGUUUCAGAUAAUAAGCAUGUUGCAAUAAGUCUUGAUAGAAACAAACCUUAUAAUUUCAAAAUUUUCGAUUUUGAAACCGAAAAAGAAGUAACAUUAAAAUUUCCAGAUUGGCAAAAGGAAGUUGACUUAUUAUCCUUUAUUGAUAACGGAAAUAUUAUAAUGGUCAAUACUAAAUAUUAUAGAGCAUAUGUUUUUUCAUUUAAAGAUAAUAUUACCUGGACUUGUAAAUCAAUGAUUGAGCUGAAAUAUUUUAGAAAAAUUUUUAUUACUAUUAAAGGCAAACUGAUCAUAUUUAAUGACACGAUUUAUGAGCUCACAAUGUGGGAAAUUGAAAAAUUAUCGAUUAAAACUCAUAUUUUAAUCGAUUGGAAUUUUAUACCUGAAUCUAUUGAAAUUAGUGAUGAUGAAGAAUUAUUAGUUGUAUGCGCAAGAAAUGAAGAAACUAAUGAAACACGUUUAUAUGUUUUUUCCACCGAAACUGGAAUGAAUUUGUCAUCAUUCACUACACAAAUAGUAAUAAAUAGGAUUCAUUUGAUCGCUUCUAGAAAAGGUGAAAGAUUAUUAUAUAUUUCAGGGAAGCAAUAUAAUUCAAUGGACCCUUAUAAACUCAAAUUCCCAAAAAGUGCGAGUAUGCUUUUUAAAAGGAAUGGAAUUCUGAUUCAAGAACCAUACAUAAUUCGAUCGGAUGAAAUAGCAGAUAAAAUAAUUUAUGCGAUUGACGGAAAAUUGUUAAUUGAUGAAUUAGUGUCUGAUAAUUCUGGUAAUUGGGUCAAGUAUUUACGAAAAGAACUGAAGGACACAAAUAGCAUUACAACUCCGUCUAAAAAGACGAUUGAUAUUAUAAAAGACAUAUUAACAGCUGAUGUUUAUAAUACUGACAAAAAAGAAUAUGAAGGGGUAUUAUUAAAAUGGGGAUUAGAAGAAGAUGAUGGAUCAGUCAAACUUACUGUAAUAGAUUAUAAUCCUAAAAAGAAACAAUGGAACGCAGAUAAUAAAAAAAAGAAUCUGGAUAUUCUUCCAUCAUUUUACAAAGGUGGAAAAAAUUUUAUACUACAUUGUGAAGUUCUUGAAAAUGAUGAUUUCAUUACGAUUACACGUAUUGGUCUAAUUAUUUGGUCUUAUAAACCUGACUUUAAGUUGGGUGACAUUAAGAUCAUUAAGAUGCAUUAUUAUUGGAAUUGUUGGAAUGAUCAUUUAGAAGAAUUCAAAUUUAAAAAGAUAAAGUUUGAAGAUUUCUUUGAGAAGCGGUCUUCAGGAAGAAUUCUUCCUGCUUCAAGUUAUGAAACAAUCUAUAGAAAUUUAGAUGUUAAAUUCGGCAAAGAAGGAAUACAACUUUUCAGGACAUUUUUAAAAGAUAAUGUCUUUGAAGAAUUUUAUUUAACUUGCUACGGAAAAAUUCUCAUGAAAACAUUUAUUAAAUUAAAGGAUGAUAAAUGGAUUAGAUCUUUAGGCCAAAGCUGUUUGGAUAAGAUUAUAGAUGAUAAUCAUUUGAUUUCGAAAAUUGCUUUGUUGAGUAUUAUUUUUGAAAACUUUAAUGAAUUAUCAGAAGAACAUCCUGCAUUUAUAGCAAGCACUUUAUCCUAUAUAGGGUUUGUAGUUCCUUCUAAGGAUUUAAUUUCAAACUCUAAUUCUUCACAUCUUUCCACUUAUGGAAGAUACUAUCAUUUAUCUAAAACAUCAAUUCUUCAUAUAAUAAUUUCUAAUAUUUGGUCUCGUUGGAUUAGUUUUAAAAAAAGAUUUCAAACUUGGUUUGAAAAUUUUCAAGAAAAGCAUACUUUUUUCCGAGAUUCCAUUGUAAAACCAAUUAAUAAUUUUUAUUAUAUGGGUCAUAGAUUUAUUUUAGUCGCAUUUGCACACUCAUUACACCUUUUAUUGCGUCCUACUACUGAUGUGUCUUUAGAAUCUCCAAGCUAUUCCACUGAUCCGAAUGAUCCGUGGAAUUUGGCUACAAAAUAUAACGCUAUAGAUCCCAAUGGUACAAUUGAAGAUAAUGCUUCACUUAUUGAUCCUCCUACUGCGACCACAAAUAUGUUUAUGAUGAUGGCCACUGCAAUUUCUGCUGUUUAUAUUAUGCUAACAGAAGAAAUUGAGUUAUUAUAUAUGUUACCUCAUCAACGAAGAAAAGAAAAUUGGUUUCCGUUUGUUAUUUUUUAUGAAUGCCACACAAUUAAGCUUCGUGAGCAUUUAGUUGAGAUUAUCCAACAUAAUAAAUGGUCAGGUUAUAAAAAACCUUACAUUUCAAAGAAUCUUAAUGAUGUUCUUCUACUCCCUGAAGAACAACCCCCUCUUACACAAAUUGAGGAGGAUAUUAAAGAGCUGAAAGAAUCAAUUAUAGAGCUAAAAGGAUCAUUUAAAUCUAAAGAACCCUCUCUUACACGAAUUGAGGAGAUGCUUAAAAAGCUGACAAAAAAUCAAACUGAUUAG